AAAAACAGCUUGCGGUGUUUUGAAUGUAAACAGCACGUGCGUUUGCGAGUUUCGGAAAAUUUGGCUGUAUUUAAUCGAGAAUUUUGUGAAGCAAAAUCUUUAAAACCCCAUCGCCAUGGACGAAAAAUGUACUCCGAACUUGUUCAGCUUUAUAAAUAAUGAAGACAGUUCGAAUGAUUCUGGAUUAACGAAACUGAUCAAAGCAGCAAAAUGGAAUGAAUGCUUCCAACAUGAUAAUUUCAAACGCUUCAUAACCGGCGAAUCACUCAACGAACGUAGUGAUGUACUCCAAGCAGCUAUUGCCGCACUACUCGCCUUCGUCCAAAGCAACUUCCUUGGCCCCACGUUGCUACUUGAUAGUAGCAUUGACUUCCCCGAAGAACUAAACAUGCGGAACCUACUAAAAGUGGACGGGGAAGAGCUGAAUCCGAAUACCAUAGCCGCAGAACUGCUGUAUGUUUGCAAGACUGCGUUCGAUCAGCUUGUGCCAACCGAAAGCGAUGAAUCGCAUGCCAGUUUCAUUGAACGAUUGUGGUAUCUUCGCUUUCUGGUGGUUUACCAGCGCUGCUUGGACGAUCUCGUUCACAGCCUCUACUCGAAAUUCGACGAAAACGUGAAUCAUCUUAAUAAGGCGAUGGAGAACGUGGACGAUAACGGUUUAAAAGUGCAAACCCACGUUGAAAUCCUGCAAGGAUACGUUCUCUUCAAGCGUAUCACCAAAUCGGAGCGUUGGAUGACCGCACUGCAAAACGUUUCCGGCGUCGACAUAACUGUCGAAGGUGUUCUUGGAAUGCGAACCAAGCAUCAGCAGAAUCCUCUGCCUCAGCUAGUUUUAAGGGCGAAAGGAUUGGAAACGACUAGCUUUCCGAGCUCGCAGGUAUCCCAUGGGCAUGUCACUUUGCCGACGAUACUAAAACUAGACGACGAUGUACGGCUGGAGAAGAUUCAGUUCUUGAGCGAACAGGAAAAUGUGGAUGCCCAACUUCCCAGUUUGAUCCAGGCGAUGGUUCUAUCGAAAAUCCUUUAUUUGAAGUACUCGCAGCCGAAAGACAAACUGGCCGACGAAGAGCUCAAACCGUACAUAACAUCCCUGCUCUACCAGGAGCAUGGGCCGUGGGCCACGCGACUCGCUGCAUUAUAUCUCAACAUUCAAAUGGAGGCAACUCACAAGCGAACGGUCGAUCGAUCUCUGAAGCAAUGUGAAGAGCUUGUCAAUCUUGUGGAUGCCAAUACCGUUCCAGUUCCGCACCGUUUGUCCUAUGCUUUCUGCUCUGCUCUUAUUCCCCGUUGGCAGAUCAAGGCCAAACUGGGCGACCUGAUGGUUAGCUUGGGUAUGGUAAAAGGUGCUCUGGAUUUGUACCUGGAACUUCAACUGUGGGAGGAAGUAAUCUCCUGUUACAAUCAUCUGGAGUUGAGACACAAAGCCGCCGAGAUCAUUCAGCAGGAAAUCGAUAAAAAGCCGACCGUUACUUUGUACUGCUUAUUGGGAGACGCAACCGACGACAUCCAGUGCUACCAAAAAGCAUGGGAACUAUCCGGAGAGAAUAGUGCUAGAGCGCAAAGGCAUUGGGGUAAUUACUACUUUGCAAGAAAACAAUAUCAGGAAGCCAUUACGCAUUUGCAAAAAUCAGUUGAGAUCAAUUGUCUCCAGGAAACAACUCUACUCCGACUUGGUUACGCCGCUCUGCAGCUUGAGCAAUGGGAAGAGGCUGCUAAAGCCUACCGUCUCUAUACCACUCUUGAGGCACAUGGCUUCGAAUCGUGGAACAAUUUGUCCAUGGCUUACAUCAAACUGGGUGACAAAAAGCGAGCUCACAAAGUUCUACAAGAAGCCCUCAAGUGCAACUUCAACAACUGGAAGGUCUGGGACAACUUCCUCGCCGUUAGUGUCGACACGAAAAACUACGAAGAUGCCCUGAAUGCCUACGAGCGAUUGAUCGAACUGAAGGACAAGUUCUACGACCAAGAAGUGCUGGAAAUUCUCACCAAAGUCAUCUCGGAAGGUGCUCCCGAUGCAAGCGGGAAUUCAUCGCAACGUCUAACGAAAAAGAUCCUGAAGCUUCUCGGACAUGCAUCCGCCAAGACGCCCAACAAUGGAUUACUUUUCGAACUUUCCUCCCAGCUGGAAACGGAAGAUCCAUUAAAGAAAGCUCAAAAGUUACAAAGCGCCUACCGUGGCUAUACGCAAACAAACAGCCAAUGGUCGAAAACGCCGGACAAUUGUGAAAAGAUCCUCAAGCUGUGCAUCACUCUGUGCGAAAGUAGUCUUCAAGCAUUUGUAUCGGGUAAGGCGGAUGCUGGGAAGCUGCCUUCGGUAAAAUCGCAACUUGCUUCGGCCCGAUUAACCGGUCAGGGAUGUCUGCGGGCGGCUAGCAAUGAAAACUGGGAACAGAACGUGGCCCUCGUUGAAUCGCUGUCGGAAAUUGUACAGAAACUGACGACCGAGUUGACGAACGCUAUGAAUCAAUAAAAAGAUAUAUUAUAUUUCCCCAUAAA